CCUUUCCUCCCCGAGAAGCCGCUGCUGCUACAGCCGCCAUCAUGGGAAUAGAUAUCCGUCACAACAAGGACCGCAAGGUGCGGCGAAAGGAGCCCAAGAGCCAGGAUAUCUAUCUGAGGCUUUUAGUAAAGCUUUAUCGAUUCUUGGCUCGUCGUACCAACUCCAGUUUCAACCGGGUGGUUCUGAAGCGUCUGUUCAUGAGCCGAACCAACAGGCCACCCCUAUCUAUGUCCCGUCUUAUUCGCAAAAUGAAAUUGCAAGGACGUGAAAACAAGACUGCAGUGGUGGUGGGCUGUAUCACAGAUGAUGUCAGGAUCCAUGAUAUCCCCAAACUGAAGGUGUGCGCACUUAAAAUAACCAGCGGAGCACGUAGCCGAAUCCUGAAGUCUGGGGGUCAGAUUAUGACGUUUGAUCAGCUCGCCCUUGCGGCCCCUAAAGGCCAGAACACUGUUCUUCUUUCAGGACCUCGUAAGGCCCGUGAAGUAUACAGACACUUUGGGAAGGCACCUGGUACUCCACACAGUCGCACUAAGCCUUAUGUGCUCUCCAAGGGUAGAAAGUUUGAGCGCGCCAGAGGACGCAGAGCCAGCAGAGGAUACAAGAACUAAAUUCACUGUUUAUGCUUUAUACUCAAUAAAGUUCUUUGGACU